AAUCUCGCUCGGGUUACAACGCCUGACGUCACUUCCGCCAUUGUAUCAACAUGGACGCAGCCGUGGAAGUAAGUGCAGAAAGCGGGUUUUACGAUAAAAACGGAGCCGCCAAGAUACGCGAGCGGAUCGAGACGCGUCAGCAGGCGUUGGCGGAAGACGCCGAGCGCCGGAAGGAGGCCAAACAGAGCCAGUCGGUGGGCGAGGAGAAGGCCGGGUAUUUCGUGAGCGCCUUUAACGCGGAGCGGGCGGGCAUCCAGGAGCUUCUCGCCGGCUGCUCGGGUGCUGACCGGCCCGCUGCGACCCAGAAGCUGGAGGAGGCCACGGCCAGGAUGACGCAGCUGCAGAAGUUUCUGAACGACAGCAUGAUGUUUCUGAGCCAGUACGACAUAAGAGUGGCCCAGAGUGCUCUGCAGAAGCUCCAGGCGUCUCUGAGCGAGAUCAGGGAGGAGACGCUGCCCAAGAAGAAGUUCACCUUCAGAUCGAGGAGUAAAGCUGCGGAGAAGGUGUCAGAUCCUCCUCCUCCUCCUCCUCCUCCGUCGUCUGAGGCUGCGCGUUCAGGUGUCACCGAGGUGGAUGGAGCAGCAGGCUCCGAGCGGGCUGACCUCUCCAACAUCAGCAACCAGUCUCUAACAAAGACGUCAGAGGAGAUCCAAAACCGAGACGUGCUGCUGACUCACCUGACCAACUGCAAGGUUCGCCUGUAUGGCUCUCCCAGCACCCUGCACCUGAAACACAUCCACGCCUGCGAGAUCCUCUGCGGGCCCGUAGCCACCUCCGUGUUCGUGGAUCACUGCAGCAACAGCGUGCUGGCCUUCCCCUGCCAGCAGCUGAGGACCCACCACACCACCGACACCCAGGUGUACCUGCACGUCACCAGCCGGGCCAUCAUCGAGGACUGCCGGGGGGUGAGCUUCGCCCCGUUCUGCUGGACUUACCCCACCCUGGGUCAGGACUUCUCUGCGUCUGGCCUGGACCGGGACAGAAACAACUGGACCCAGGUGGACGACUUCAACUGGCUGGCCGCUGGGACGCCAUCCCCCAACUGGACUGUCAUUCCCGAAGCAGACAGAAAAACCUCCUGGGACCCUUAAAACCUAAUGUUUAAGGAUGUUCUCCUGUUCUCAUGUUAUCAAAGAUUUAAAAUUCUCUGUAAUAUCCGCUGAGUUGAAGCUCUUCUAAUAAAACUCACCUGAUCUAUUGGCUCAGAUAACAUUUAGGUAAAAGUGCCUCACCCAAGAAUGAGUUGAUGUACCGUAAGAGGAACCUUCUGUGCUUAUUUAUUAAUAAAAGAAAAGAAAACCAAAA